GCCCUUCGGAGGCGGAAAGAAAAUGGCUGUCACCGCCAGCGGGCGGUGAGGUGUCUGCGGGGGGACUCGGCUUCGUGGAUUGGAGGCAGCGAUGCUGACCCUACGGCUGCCCGCCCAGCGGGCGCAGCGCUUGGCGCUCUCCGGGCAGCGCCGCGCGAAAUCUCUCUACGGGCCGAGGUAUCCAAAGGAGCCGCCGCCCCGCACCCCGUGGACGGUGCGCGGGCCGCCGCCGGGCGCGCCGUUGCCUUGGUAUUUACGCAAAGUGCCUCCGGUGCGGGAGCAGUUUCCCGAGCUCGACGUGGUGACGUACGAGGGGAAGCUGCACCGCGUGCCAUGGCUGGCCGCGCCUCGUCACCCCAAGUGGGAGCGCGAGUGGCACGACCCCUGGCACGACGGCGGCCCCCGCGUGGAGGAGAUGGCCUCUUACAAGCAGCGGCCCUGCUACAUCUUCCACCAGGGGACUCGCAUGCUGGAAGGUGUAAAGCAAGCAUUGUGGCUAACCAAGACAAAGCUGACACAAGGUUUACCUCCGCAAAUACUUAGCAUAAUCAAUGACCCAGCUAAUCAAUGUGAAAACCAGGAUGAGAGGGUCCAGAAUGCUAUUUAUCAUGCACGCUUCUGGGGUAGCAGUGAGGAGGAUGUACCUAUAGAAACCUAUUGCCCUGUACUUUUAGAAGACUUGCUUCACUUAUGCAGGACGAUGACAGCCAAAUUCCCCUUAUUGGGUAAAAGAAUGUUUGCUCAAGACCACAGAGUGGCAGCUGCAUGGGAACGAGAAUCUACUCUACUUCAGGUUCGUGGUAUCCACGGGAAGAUUUUGAAUGCAACGAACCUUCUACAGCCUAUAGCCUCCAAAGAUGAGAUAUUAGCCACUGAAAACUGCACUUUAGAAACCUUCUACCCUGUUUUGCCUACAAUUGACCUUCGAGAAGUUAAUGCAUAUCACAUAAAAAAUGAUACAGGUUUCCAAGAAGGGUACCCAUAUCCUUAUCCUCACACUGUGUACAUUGCUCAGUUUGACAAGAUACAUAAAAUGAGGCCACCACAGCUUCAGGGGAAAAUGAUAAUGUUUGCUUUUGGGAAUGCUCUGGCCAAAGCAAAGGAGCUAUAUGGGGAUGAGCCCAGGGUCCUGGAGAGCCCCAUUGUUGUGCAGACUGUGGCUACAAAUGGCCAACACUUCCAUUUCCUGGUGUUCCAGUUGAAUACAACAGAUCUAGACUCUAGCAAUGGUGUUAAAAACCUGGCCUGGAUGGAUGGAGAUCAACUUCUGUAUGAGGAUUUCAGGAGACGUCCAGUAAUCAAGAAGAAAAUCGUCCAGAUUCCAGCUGGAAUACAUGGCUAUCAACCAGACACAUUCAAGAAGUUCCUGGCAUUGUACUUGCAUGGUGUGGUGUGAGCAGAGCUCUGCCUUUGUUUCCUCCUGUAAUGCUUACUGUGCAGUUAAGGGUUAGAAACUAUUUAAUUUUUUAAUAAAAAAUAAAGUUUCUUUAUAUAUAAAAGUCACAUGUAAAUAAUAUCGUUUCAAUCUGCUGUCAAAACAUUUAACACAUUAAUAUUGGCGUUCUUUCUGAAUCAUUAAGUGCCAGUGUUCUACUUUUACAAAGAAAGAAUGGAAAGAAAAAUCUAGUUCUGCACUUAAGGCUAACUAUACUUGGGCCAUAAUCAUGUCUUUCAUCCUCAUAGCAGCUGAGUAACCCCCCCCCCCAAAAAAAACCCAACUUAGGUUGAGUGACAAUAUUAAUACAAGUUCGGGGGUGGCAGGAAUCAAGUAAUGCAUUUUUACAAAACAUCUUCAGUUGCAUUUGUUCAGUCAUUAGGCAUUAGGUGACAUUAUUUAGGGGUUCAAACAGCCAAGUUGAAAGUUGUUAUUCCAAACAAGUAUAUAGUGUCUUAGUUGCAAAGGAAGAAUUCUAAACAAUGAGAGAACUACAGUGGUGCCUCAACUUAUGAAUUUAAUCCGUUCCGAACGCACCUUCGUAGGUCGAAAAAUUCGUAAGUCGAAAAGCGCCAUUGGAAACGCGAUUUCCCAUAGGAAUGCAUUGGAAACGGAAAAAUUCGUAAGUCAAAGCAACACCCAUCUAAAAAUUCAUAAGUUGAAAAAACCCUAUCUAAAACCUCCGCGGUUUCCGUUCGGAUGUCGUGAAAUUUCUAAGCGUGCGGCCAUUUGCCCCAUUCGUAAGUCGAAAAAUUCGGUUGUCGAGUCAUUCGUAAGUCGAGGUACCACUGUAGUUGAGAUUUAAGAUAAUCAAAUCUCUCAAAUGUUUUGAGGGUUCAUUUACACAAUAAUGAUACACACAGCUAGAAUGUAUACCAAUAGUAGUAUGAUGCAUAUUAUGUCUAUAAAGAGGUCUGUGUCGUUAAUACAUUAAGAAAGUUGAAAAAAAAGCAAGCUUCCCUUAGAAAAGGAGUCUAACUUGUUCAAAUCUAACUUAAAAAUAAGUUAAGUGAAACAAAGUUUUUAAAAUAUCUCUAAAAUUCACCUGAAGCGGGAAACUGACCAAAGCUAUUUGGGUUGCUAGAAAACAAAUGGGUGAAGAGUGAUUAAAGUGAGGAAACUGAAUAAAUUCACCGCAUAUAGUCGCAGUGGAAGAUGUGGGAAAGAGACUUGUGCCUGAACUUCCAGGUAGGGAGUGUAAGUAAAGAACUCAAGAGUGGCCAAGAAAUGAAGUGCUUGGGAAGGGGUAGCUGUUGUGUACUGUACUUCCCACCUUCCCUGACCAUUAGCCACUCUGACUAGGGGUGAUAGAAAUGGUAGUCUGCAACAUCUGGAGAGCGCCAUGUUGACUCUCAAUGUUCUUGUAAAGAUAGAUGGCAUUAGCUAUUUCCUACUCUAGUCUAAUGUAGCACUUUUAAAAAGGGAGCAGGAUCAUGUGAAUUGGAUAUUAGCUUAUCAUCUGGGCCAGAUCAACUGGUAAAGGUAAAGGGUAAAGGGACCCCUGACUGUUCGGUCCAGUUGCGGAUGACUCUUGGGUUGCGGCGCUCAUCUCUCUUUACUGGCAAAGGCAGCCGGCGUACAGCUUCCAGGUCAUGUGGCCAGCAUGAUUAAGCCACUUCUGGCGAACCAGAGCAGUGCACGGAAACGCCGUUUACCUUCCCGCCGGAGUGGUACCCAUUUAUCUACUUGCACUUAGACAUGCUUUUGAACUGCUAGGUUGGCAGGAGCAGGGACCAAGGAAUGAGAGCUCACCCCGUCGUGGGGAUUCGAACCGCCGACCUUCUGAUCAACAAGCCCUAGGCUCUGUGGUUUAGACCACAGCGCCACCCGCAUUUUUAAAAGAUCAUUUAAGAAUCAACAUUGUUUCUGCCAAGGAUAGUUCUUCAAUAGAUUCCUGAGCAAACUUCACUACUAUGGGAUAAAAAGACAAGUCCUCAUGGAUAUGUAACUGGUUAAUAAUAAUAAUAAUAAUAAUAAUAAUAAUAUCCCUCCCAUCUGGCUGGGUUUCCCCAGGACACUGAGAGCAAGAAUAAGUCCUCAUGUUGGAGGGAAGAAAGAAGUAGAGUUCUCCAUAUCUGCAAUGAUACGCAGUUACCAGCUGAAUUAUAUUUUUGAGCUUAACAAAGUACAACCACACUUGCUAAAGAUGAAACAUGUUCCCAACAAAUUACUGGAUCUAGCAUUUGGUGUCCUUUAAUGGAAAAAAUGUAAGAUUUGUACUUGGGGAGAAAGUGGAUAGUUUCCUACUUAUUGGGAUUCAGCAAAGAGACCCAUUAGCAGUUGGUCCAGGACAGACAAAAGAUUGUUCUUCUCAUAAAGAAUAACUUCUGGAAUUCGUUGACAAGAUGCAACAAGCACUAACUUAGCUGGCUUUCAAAGAUUAGACAGACCAUUGUAGAAUAACUGAACAAUUACUGGCAAACCGGAGGUUAAACUAACCCCUUUCCAGGCCCAUGGGGAGCGCAGGGAGCAUUCACAUGACACACCUCACACACUGCAGCUGACAAUGCAUUGUGAGACAGAGUUUGAAAAGCUUCAUAUGCCUAGGGCAGGCAUCCCCAAACUUCGGCCCUCCAGAUGUUUUGGACUACAAUUCCCAUCUUCCCCGACCACUGGUCCUGUUAGGGAUCAUGGGAGGUGUAGGCCAAAACAUCUGGAGGGCCGCAGUUUGGGGAUGCCUGGCUUAGGGUCUGGCCAGAGGCUUCUGGUUGGUCACUGGGAAAGAGGGGACCAAUCAGCUCCUGAGAAGUUCUUAUGAGAUUUAGGGGCUUGCCAUUUUACUGUGCUGCAUCUGGUGGCACAUUCCCCAUCUUUUCUGCAGAAGAAUGUAAAUCUUUUGAAAAGACAAUGGCAUGCACCCACUAAGUUGAUAAAGCAAGAGAGGUUGAACCACCCAACUUCAUAGCUGCAGUUUGCUUCUGAUCAAGCAAGCAGCAGCAAAACUUUGACAAAGCAAAUCUGCUGUAAUGGAAACCUAGUUGUAGAAAAAAAAAUUCCAACUGAAACAUUGUAAGCUGCUAGAUAUUAAUUGUGCUUGUCCAGAAAACAGAUAAUCCUUCGGCUUGGUUGAAUUCUAUUAUUUGCAUAGAACUGAGGAGAAAAUCUAUUUCACAACCUCAUCUUUAUGUAGCUAAUAAUAUACUAGCUGCAGGAGGCUUUCCAACAUGUUACUGUCAGGUCUUGCUAGGGAUGUCAACAGCAAUUGCCUGUGUGAUGUUGGAUACAUCAUCUUAACACGCCACAGGCCCUCAAAACUGGCAUCCCUUUGCCACUUCAGGACUGGAUGGAUUUUGACAGAUGUAGAACUGACUUGUGAUGCAGGGGAGCUAUCCGAUACCAGAGAUUUUCAGCUAGCACGAUGGUAGCACUCGGCAGCUCCUCAGCCACAGCGACCAGCCAUCAGACAAUAGCUACACAAGGCCUGGUGCUAUACAGGGAGACCUGGCUGAGCGGUUUGUGUCUCUUAGAUAUGAAAAGAAAACGCAUCAACAAAACCACCAGGAACAAUCUGUAUUCUCAACACGCCUUUCCACCCUCUUGUUUCCCUCUGUUAUGAGCACAGACAAAUGCUCUCUCCUCCUACAGUUUCUAUACUACGGUGACAAUUCUAAGGCUAGGCCCCAGGGACCUGCCAGAGUGUUUGUGAUAGGCUUUUGAAGUUGCUCCCACUCGUUGAUCUCUUUGUCUGAACUGUUUCAACAGGUAUGCAUGGCUCAGAUAAAACACAGUGCAUGAUGAAGCCUGUAUGCUGUUCAAGGGGAGAAUUGUUUCUUAAAACAGCAUGUUCCCUUGAUGUGAAG